AUGCUCGGAAUCCUCGAUCUUCUCAACUCGGAAGACGCUUCCGAGGCUUCCAUGAGCCAGCCUCCUCCCCCUGCGAGCGUUCCCAACCUGGAAGACCUGAGUAAAUCGGGUUCCAAAUCGCCUCUGUCAAUGUCCAUGAAAUCUGAGAUAUCCACGAGGUCGUAUAGAGUCUCGAAGCAAUUAUCUCGCUCCAGGGUGCAUCCCUCGCUUCUCAAGGCAAAAAGGCUUGUGGACAUUGCCCUAAGGCACAAGCUGGGUUCUCGUCGUCACCUCACGCCUGACCAAGGCUCCUCUAAAUUACACCUAAAGCUGUUAGAGGCGGGUCUUCGUGUUCGUCUCAUAUUAUCCUCAUCUAUCCAUGAAUUGUUCAAACUGCUCACUCCUCACACUGCUGGAAGAAGCUCCAUUGUACAUGUGUGCUUCGACCGUGACGAGCAGCGUUUGGUGGGGAGAAAUAUCACUGGUGAAGCAAAAGAAGAUAGAAACGGCCGCGGCCGUAAGACCAGUACCAGUUUCGAUGGUAUGCACAGCACCAACGGGUCUUCCAGUAGACGAUUCAGCAGCUCCACCAGCUCAGAGACGGGUUCCAUAAUAUCGAGCGACCAGCUCAGUGGCAAUGGAACACCAAACAUCGCUGCUACUUCCUCAAACGGAAGUCUCCCCAUCAAUGGCGCUUACAACGGUACCAAUGGAUCCAAUGGCAUUUAUAACGGAACCAACGGAUCCAAUGGGAGUCUUCAGGCUGCACCUUGGGAGGCUCGUCUGGACUCCACUUCGUCAUCCAGUCUGGCUGGUGAGGUGUCCAGUGACCUAGCAAGAGCUACCUUGAAUUCCAAAAAGGGGGACUCUCCGGUGUCUGUUCUGGAAGACGACUUCUCUAAUCCAUCAGACCUCACCCACUUGCUCUCUGCACCCAAUACUGGACCCAGAAAGCCAGUUCUGAAGAGAGUACGUCUCAUUGAUAACAAUUUGGUGAACUUGGCUGGUGUUUCCAGCAAAGUGCUUAAAUCGUUUCAAGUGGGCAAGGAGCACAGACUUCCACAGAUGCCCCUCAGCGACGACGGUGACGACAGACCAGAAAUGGUAACUACAUUCAACAAUCUCGAUACAGCGGUGAUGUCACUCUUCGGAAUCCGAACAUACUCUUUGGUGCGUGUGACGAGGUCUUCUUCCAACACCAGUGAUGGCUCAGUUUUGCUUAAGCUCGAAUGUGCUCAGCCUGGAGAUACAAGGCUUGUGGACGAUCAAGAGUUUAUGGAAGACAUGGUUGCCAGUCUUGGCAAAGAAGGGCAAACUCCAAACAACCUUUUCAUUAAAAAAGUGGUUGCACGUCCUCGCUACAAGAGCGAUAUGAAGAUUUACAUAGUCCCUACUGACAGAAAAGUGCUGCUUUACGUCGAUAAGAGAGUCUUUGAGCGUGAUCUUAUCAAUGGCGUUAUUGACAUGGAUUGCCCGCCAGACAGAUUCAUCUACACCACAUUCCCCGUGGAUGAUAUUUUGCUGGAAGUUAAGGAGAUGCUUCAAAAAAGUAGAGUUCUUGGUGAGCCCGAGAGUUCCGAGGCACCCGUGCCAAAUCAUAUCACCACCACCAACUUCACACCCAAGUGGAGCAUGGAAGCCGAGCUGCUGCCAUCGUCGCUGUCGCUUCCUCUGUUGGUGCUGAAUUCUACAGGCUCAACAAGCCUGGGUGGUGAAAGUACCCCCAGCGCUUCUGAUAGAGCCAAGCUCAGUUUGCUGAGCAUUCCCAAUGCCAAAAUGGAGCUGAUUGAGGAGCCCGAGGACCUCAAGUUCGAUACCUCAUACAUGGCGUAG